UAAAGAGUACAGAUGCCCAAUCGUCUCUAUUAAACCUUCAUUGCUACAGCAAAUUACACACACGUACCCUCACUAUCUCACACGUGUCUUCCUCUUUUCCGCUUAUAAAUCUACCAAAUGCACCCCACCCCUUCUACACUAACCAGUAAUCAAAUCGAUCAAACAAACAUCAUGCAAGGGAGAAUAUCAGGUGGUGGAGGGUGUUGCAUAGAUAGGUACACCACCACCCAUCCUAAUCAUCCUUCUUCAACCCCAACUUAUUACAAUCACAAACUCGAUCAUAUCAUGCUCCGUUUUCGUCCCAUCGCCCCUAAGCCGGUUGUCGGUGGUGGUGGGCCCUCAUCUCCUACCACCCCUACUCAAAACGACACCGUUCGUAAACCUAGGAAGAGAAAAAAUAAUACAGCUGGAAACUGCAUCAGUAAAGGUAAUAAUAAAAGGGGAAGGAAAUCAUUAACCUCUCCAGAUCAUGAUUAUCAAAAAUCCAACGGCUAUAAAGUAACGCUUCCCCUGUUACCUGAAACACCUGAUCUAAGCCCUAUUAAUAAUAAAGGGCAGAGUCGGACCACGAUGAUGCCUACUUGGCUUAGUUUCGGAUCGUCGGAUUACACUGCCGCCGUGGAAUCAACGGUUAUCGUAGAAGGAGUAACUGACACGUGGAUGGAUGGAAACAGUCUAGGGGGUUCAGAGGAGGAGGGACGUGUAAGGUUAGAUGAGGACACGUGUCCUGGGUUUAUAUCGGACGGUUGGAAUCGCGUGUAUUGGACGAAUAAAGCGUAUAAAAGAAUGGUAGGAGGAGAAGAAGAGAAAGUGGUAACGGUGAAGUUAGAGAUGAGAGAGAAAGUAAAGUUGCCGGUGGGGAAAUUAUUCCCUGCGUUCACGUGUAGGGUAAAGAUGGUGUACGGAAAGAUGUUAUUGACAGUACCUUGUGAUGCUUGGAGAAUGGACGGUGGUGGAUUUGCAUGGCGGUUGGAUAUUAAUGCUGCCUUAUGUUUAGGCUUAGGACGCUAAUUAUUAAUAAUUAGUGAUUAGUGAUGUUAAUUAUUAAUUGAUAAGAAUAUUUAGUAAGGGUAAUUAUAUGUAGUAGCUUUUUUUAUUAUAAGGAGGAUGUGGUCUGUCAUGCAAUUUUAAUUUUUAUGAAUGGAAAUCUAAAAUAUAUAAUUUACUUGAAUAUGAUGAUGAUAAUUAAUAUACUUCUAAAUUCUUUUGAAUUUACAACACACUCCAAUAAAUAGGAAAUUAUUAAAAUAAUUGAGUUAAUCUUGUAAAU